GUUAGUCGUGUCAUAAUCAUGUUUGAGCUGAAUGAUAAAGUGGUAAUAAUAACCGGUGGUGGAAAUGGUAUCGGGGCGGCCAUCGCUCAUCAAAUGCUAGAGGAAGGAGUCAAGUUUGUGGCGAUAUUGGAUAUUGAUGAAAUUUCCGGUAAUGCAUUGGAGAAGACAUUAGCAGAAAAGUAUCGUAAAGAUAAAGUGAGGUUUAUGAGAUGUGACGUCACGAAGGAGGAAGAACUCAAUGCUGCCUUCGAUGACACAUUGCAAGGACAUGGUUAUAUUGAUAUCGUCGUUAACAACGCUGGUAUAGCGAAUGAUGAGAUUCAUCGGAAGGAAAUUGAAAUCAAUUUUACUGCCGUCGUGACAAGUUCUCUAAAAGCAUUGGAGUUAAUGCGACAAGACAAAGGUGGCAAUGGAGGUACCAUUAUAAAUGUGUCAUCCGUUAGCGCUCUGGCUUUAUUGUCACCGACAGUGUUCGUGUAUGGUGCAACCAAAGCUGCGAUUCUUCAUUUCACUUCAAGCAUUGGGAAAGAUGCGUAUUAUGCGAAGACAAAAGUUCGCACAAUAACUAUAUGUUUUGGUGCCACAGAAACUGAUAUGGUAUCGAAAGUAAUCAGCUUUGACGAGACAUUAACAAAAAAUAUGCACGAAAUAAUAAAGUACGAUCCUAUACAAACAGCCGAGCAAGCUGCGCAAGGCGCUGUUGUUGCAUUUAAAACUGGUAGAAGUGGCAGUGUAUGGCUUGUGUGGUGUAAAGUUGAAGAUAUUACAAAUAGAGUGGACAAAGCUUAUGAAAUGAUGGCUGGAGAUAUUUUUAUUUAAAGA